CUGUGACUCACAGGUGCACACUCUUCUCUGGUGCUCUGCAAAGCAUUCUCGGAAUUGCCAAUUAGAAUAACAAAACUCAAUCACAGAGUAAGGGACAGAAGGGGUGGUGAUGCUCACACCCAGCAGCAGGAGGCUGGGGAGAGGCAGGAAAAUAAGUUCCUGGUCUGUAGCUUUGCUUUAUGGUGGUGCAGCUGUAUGUCCUGCUGGGCACAAGAGGAAGAGGAGCACGCAGGAAAGCAGGUUCAAACCCCACCCAUAGCACCAACCGUCCCCAGAGCACCAUCAGGACUCCUGGCACACACAUAAAGGCAGACGGGCCAGGACAUCCCUGGCAGUGUGCUGCGCAUCUCUGGGUGUUGGACUUCUUGUGGCAGAGGCAUCAGGAGCCACCAUGUCAGGCAGAGGCUUCCAGGGGCUGAAGGAGCAGGCAGAAGGAGCCGCAAAAGAUGCUGCGAGUGCGUUGGGACAGGCCACUCAGGAUGCAGUCAGCCAGAUUACAGAUGCCGGCCAGAAAGCUGUGGAUAAAGCUUGUAAGACAGCACAGGAUGGUGUAGAAAAAGCAGCUGGGCAAGCUGCAGAAGCAGUGUCUGGCUUUGGAAAAAGAUGUGGAUUUAAGAAAUGAUGUUGAUGUAAGCAAACGGUACUGCAUGUCAAAUCCAUCUUCGCAAUUCCCAACUCCUCUGUGUAGAAAGCGAAAGCUGUCUGAGAUCUGGAUAACUACUCUCUCCCCACAUACAAAAUCAUAAGGCAGAAUGCUCUCCUCACCCUUUCCACAGGAAAAACGCAUCUCAGUGUAUCUUGUAACAUCUGCUCUCACCAUGUUCUGUUCAAAGUGGACUAUAAGGCUUCAGCAGUGUUACUGCCCUGCUCUUGUAGCAUGCAAUAGUGAUUGCCACAUCCGUUGAAUGUACUCACAAAAACAGCAGAACUGGUACUAUUCUGGAAUACAGGAAUAUCCACAUGAUUAAACCAGAUUCCCUUCCAGUAAUUGAAAGUUAAGCUGCUGUUGUAUUUCAUGUCAGUUGUCCGCUUAUUCCAUUUUGCUGUAUUUUCAGAUUAACGUAAAUAAAAUUACAAUUAAGAUUUCCACC